GUUCCUUCCUCGGCCUUUAUCUGCUACAAGUAACACUUCCCCUUUCGCUCAGCAGAUCAGGAACACACACACACACACUCUACCUCUAAGUAAAACCACUCCGCCGUUCUUCGUAUUUUCUUUCUUCUUUCUAUUUUCUGUGUUUUUUUUUUUUUUUUUUUUAACGUACGGAAUAGGUAUUUCCUUGAUUGUUUAAUAGUGGCAAUCUUCUGAUUCCCAUACCAUUGAUCUGCUUUGCUGCUGACCCAGACUUUUUUGCUAUUUUUUUAUACGCUUUUUACUUCUUUUUGGUUAUUCCUGAAGAAUUGGGUUACCUUUGCUUGGUGUCUCUAUGAGCCUGUGGGGUUUGGUUCUUUGGUGCCCAGAUAUAGGGGAGAAUUAGGAUUCACUGAUCUCGGGCAGGGUGUAGGGAUUUUUGAGGUUUAGAGUUGGAUAAAUGUGGUAGGAUUGGUUUGGGCGUGCGGAAAUGGGAUCUGCAAAUGAGUUCUACUCAGGGGAGGAGUUCAAUCUGGACUCCAAGUGGUUGGUUGAUCCGAAGCUUCUUUUCGUUGGGCCCAAGAUCGGCGAGGGAGCUCAUGCCAAGGUAUACGAGGGAAAAUACAAAAACCAGAAUGUAGCCAUCAAAAUUGUUCAUAGAGGAGAGACGCCAGAGGAGAUUGCUAAGCGGGAAGCCCGGUUUGCAAGAGAGGUUGCAAUGUUAUCCAGAGUUCAGCACAAGAACUUAGUGAAGUUUAUUGGAGCUUGCAAGGAGCCUAUUAUGGUCAUUGUAACUGAACUACUGCUUGGUGGCACACUUCGCAAGUACUUGCUGAACUUGCGGCCCAGAUGCUUAGAUAUGCGUGUUGCUAUUGGAUUUGCACUUGAUAUUGCUCGUGCAAUGGAAUGCUUACACUCUCAUGGGAUCAUCCACCGUGACUUGAAACCUGAGAACUUGCUCUUAACAGCAGACCACAAAAUGGUUAAGCUUGCGGAUUUUGGUUUGGCAAGGGAAGAGUCGUUGACAGAGAUGAUGACGGCUGAGACUGGAACGUAUCGCUGGAUGGCUCCAGAGCUCUACAGCACUGUUACGCUAAGGCAUGGAGAGAAAAAGCAUUACAAUCACAAGGUUGAUGCCUACAGUUUUGCCAUUGUAUUAUGGGAGCUCAUACAUAAUAAGUUACCAUUUGAGGGCAUGUCAAAUCUGCAGGCUGCCUAUGCCGCUGCUUUUAAAAACGUAAGACCAAGUGCAGAUGACCUCCCCGAGGAUUUGGCUGCAAUUGUGACUUCAUGUUGGAGAGAGGAUCCAAACACCCGCCCUAACUUCACUCAGAUAAUACAUAUGCUUCUGCAUUUUCUCUCGGCAAUUUCACCUCCAGAACCCGCAAUACCACAAAGGAUUUUCACGUCAGAGAACGCUGUCUUACCGCCAGAAUCUCCCGGUACGAGCUCUUUAAUGCCAAAGAGGGAUGACUCGGGGGAUACACCGAAAACCCCAAUCGAGCAUGAACAGAGGGGUUUCUUCUUCUGUUUUAACCCGUGCUGCUGAUCAGCGAAAGGGAGCUUAGUAAUUAUAUAUUUUCCCCGGAAUUAAGAAAAUUCAACUACCUUUAUUAUGAAAUGCAAGGAACUUUUGACUGCAGA